UGACUGAGUUUGUGCGUCGUCAUCGCCGCUGAUGUCUCUGUUUAUAUUAUUUUGUGUUGGUUUUUCGGUUCUCGGGUGCGGUUAUAUAAGUAGCGUGUGCCGAUCGCAUAUCUGAACUAUUCUGUUGCGGGAGCUUGCCGCGACGAAGCGAAAAAUACGGGUCAGUGAGUGAGCGAAUAAGUCGAAUCAAGCCAAAUCAUGCAGAGCUGUUGCCUCAUCAUCCUGGCCUUGUGCCUCCUUGGACUAGUGGGGGCUAAGUCUUCGGAGGGGGAUCGAGAUCAGUGGGUCUGGCGAUCGUACAAUCGUCAGGAGCGCUCUUUUCGGGACGUUGGUCGCAGUUCCCCCAUAAGGAACUCCUAUGAGCAAAAGCUGAGGAGGGAACCUACGACGCGAAGACCCUUGCCAGGUCAACCGGAGAACGAUGAGAUCGAGGACUAUGCCGAUGUGGAGCCCACCAGAUCAUCGGAUACUCCAAAUGUGGGCACUCGUCAGUACAAUCCCUACGGAGGUCAACCCAAUGCCGGGCAAUUCGGAGGACUGGGAGGCUAUGGCGGAAAUCCAGGUGUGCUGGUCGGGCCCGGAGGACCCACUGGAAUCAUAGGGAGACCUCCGCUGUACCCCAAUCCCUACCAACAAGGCUACGGCGGAUUCUCGGGAGCCCAGAACGGAAUUGGUGGAUAUCCCGGAAGCUAUGCAGGAGUAGGACAGGGGCUUCCCGGAGCAGGAUUCCCCGGCACCAACUUUAACAACUAUCCCACCACUGGUCUAGGCCUCAACCAAUUUCCCAGCAAUGGACAAUUCCCUUAUGGAUCCUAUCCAGGAGGUGACUUCAGUGGCAACCAAUUUGCGGGAGCCGGUGGACAAUUUCCAGGACUAGGACAGUAUCCGGCCAACCAGCAGUUUGGAGGACCUCAGUACACCGAGGGAUAUGGUCUGGCUGGAGGAUUGGGCUUGGGUCAACUGGGAGUUGGAAACGGUGGUGUUGGCUACGGCAGUAGUUUCCCACCUCUGGGAGGAGGCUUUGGCUACGACGAGAAGUCUCCAGCUGUGGCAGAAGGCAAAAGUGCUAAGAGUGUGGCUGCGGCACCCAGAAAUGUGAACGAUAAGCUCAGCAAGAAGGUCUAGGGUAGAGAUGUGGAACUAAAAGUAUUCCUUCCUUACUUAUCCCUAAAAGAUAAAAGGUCUGCAAUCGAAUUUAAAGACCCCUGAAUGUAUUGUUCCCCUUUUACAGAUUUCUCAUUCUCAGUUGUAAAUAGUACCUUAGUGAGCAGUAUUUUAGGCGUAGUUUAAAUGUAGAUUAAGCAAAUAAAUCCCAACGUUUGUCCAACUAAGGUUUUGUG